UGUGUACCCAGCGGCCCAUACGGGGCAACUCACCUCCAACACUAUGGAUGGAGCGAAACUGGAAGGUGCCAGCCGAUGAAAGGAUUAACUCGCUCAUUGUCCGAGCCACGGCCAAGGACAAAGACAACGACACAGUUACAUUUGGCAUACGGGCCUCCGAAUACCAGGACGGUUCACACCUGUUCUACAUCAACAACCGGACGGGCGUCGUCUACCUGGCAGCCAACCUCAGUGACAAGGUGGACAACCAGUACUACCUCUACGUCACAGCGUCCGACAGCCACGGCGCUCAGGUCUCCAACGAGGUCUGGGUGGAGAUCCUUCCCCCAGCCGGAGAUAGAGACGAGUUCGAGCCUCUACCCACGAGGAACACGCGGCCCCAGCUGCCGCCCAACCUCAACCAGCCGCGGCCCGGGGGUGGCGUCAUACCCGUCCUGCCACCAGAGUUCGCCAGGCCGCCACCGAGGGAGCCGCCAAUCAGAACCACGGAGCAGCUGCAGGUCACCACCGAGACCACGGCAGCGCCCACCGCGACUGCAGCGCCUCCAGCGGCGACCGAGGACACCAGCGACUCGGCGUUUGACGUCACGCCGCUGGUGGUGACACUGGUGGUGCUGUUGGUGCUGGUGCCGACCGUGGUGUACGGCUUCCACUUCUUCAGGAAGCGGCGCCAACAGGCCAAGAACAGGAGUCUCAAGGCCGGAAACUUCUCGAUCGAGUUCCAGCGCCGUUCGGGCCUCUCUCAGACGUCUGAUAAGGCACUGGACGAGCCCAGCAGCACCUGGAGACACUUUGACUCCAAAGGAAUCGACGCCACUAAAUGGAAUCUGGGCCACACGAACCUCUCGUUCGUAUCGACCACCUCUGCGUCCGGAGAUAGCGGCCCAGACAAGAAGUGGGAAUUCCCGCGCCAUCACCUGCGCAUUCUACACCAGCUGGGCGAGGGUUGCUUCGGCCAGGUGUGGAAGGUCGAGGCCCUGGAUAUGACUGGCGUGGAGGGCGUCAGCACUGUGGCGGUGAAGACGCUGAAGGAGGCGGCUGGUGAGAAGGAGCGCCGGGACCUGCUGCAGGAGAUGGAGAUGAUGAAGCUGCUCGACCCGCACCCCAACGUCGUCACCAUGCUCGGCUGCUGCACCGAAAAAGACCCCAUUUUCCUGAUUAUGGAGUACGUCAGCCGCGGCAAGCUACAGACCUACCUGCGCGAGUCACGGACGCCCAAUGACUACAACAAUCUGCACGGGCCGUCUGCAAUGCUGACGUCACGGGAUCUGACCACAUUCGCUCACCAGGUGGCGCGCGGAAUGCACUAUCUGACUGAGAAGGGGAUCAUCCACCGUGAUUUAGCCGCCCGUAACGUACUGGUUUCCGAGGAAAGGGUCUGCAAGGUGGCAGACUUCGGCUUCGCACGGGACAUCAUCGCCAGUCAUGUGUACGAGAGGAAAACAGAGGGCCGCCUACCCAUCAGGUGGAUGGCUCCGGAGAGUCUGUACGACAACAUCUUCACGGCCAAGAGUGACGUGUGGAGCUUCGGCAUCCUGUUGUGGGAGAUCGUCACACUAGGCUCGACCCCGUACCCGGGCAUGUCCGCUCAGGAGGUGAUGAAGAAGGUUCGAGAAGGAUAUCGCCUGGACAAGCCGGAGCACUGCCGGAGGGAGCUCUUCAACCUGAUGUACUACUGCUGGUCCGCAUCUCCGGACGCCCGGCCAGGCUUUGGUGAGAUCGUGGAGACGCUGGAGAAGCUGCUACUCACGGAGAUGGACUACAUCGAGCUGGACCGCUUCCCGGAGCACUCCUACUACAACCUCACCGGCAACCUCAGUGGCGAAAAGGUGUAGAAGACGUCAGCUUCGUGGUGACGAAGUCUCUAUGAUGUCAGCUGUGCCGUAGAGACAGGGACUCGUGUGGUGUGAGCUGGCAUAGUGGACUCUCCCAAAGCUGGAGUUGUGAGGUAUGAUUCCCUUUGGCAGUGAAUGGUGUGAGCUACGUCGAUGGGACAGUGGACUCGUCCAAAGUUGAAGUUGUGGCCUCUCCUUUACGGGGAAUGGAUCCGUCCGAAGUUUGUGUGUGACCCGCAGCUCUUCAAUGAGAGUGGACUCGUCGUAGAUCCGUCCAAAGUUGAGUGUGAGAUGUGACCUCCCCCUGACGGGGAAUGGACUCGUCCGUACGUGACCGGUCAGUGAGCCGUUCCCGGCUGUGAUUGGUCGAGGUCUGCUCUGCAGUGACGGAAUAACGUGAUUGGUGGAGUGAGGGGUUGAACUAAGCGCUCGGAGUGGAUAUUUUUGAACACGGGUGCUGGAAGCUGAGUUUAACGUCAGCCCCCGGGAAACUCGAAAGAAUCCCCUCACGAGUGAAAAGUCCGCGAUUUGCUAACCGCUUGACGAAGCUGGUGUGACGUCUAUGGUUGAAUGAGAUAAAGAAUGGCGACUAAGGUGUUGUUCUGAUGUUUAUUUUGAUAAUAUGCAAGUGCUGUGCAAUAGAUUGACACUCACAGUCAAUGUUAUGUCGGAUGUUCGUAUUUGAGAUUUUCUCGUUUUGCACAAUGUGCGUAUGUAAUGUGUGUGAAAGAUUUUUGCGAGUCUCUAUCCUAGUGUUUAUUACGCCUGUUUGUAAUUUUAUUUUCAGCGUCAAUGCGAUAGAAGACUGAGUGACAAGGCGUGUUUUGAUGUGUAAUAUAGACAUGAGUGUAUGCUACAGAACACAUCUCAUGUGCUCAUAAGCAGACCCACAGAGGCCUUAACGCUUGGACUGUCAUUCGAUGCGGAUAUUACAAGGUUUGGGCCGCACAGUGGGCUGGCCGCUGAUAAAAACUGGUGAACUGAUGUUGAUGCACUGAUGUUUUAUGAUGAUUGCCGAGGUUCGCUUUGUUCAAAAUAGCUUCCGAUUCAUUCAACUAAAGGCGAUUUUCUGGUAAUAAGUUUCAAAUACUGUAUUAUAUAAACCUAUCAAUGGGAUAUAUAAAUUCACAAUAUUCUCGUCCUUACAGGCUCUUGGUCUAAAAGAAUACGUGUUAUGUUGAAUUAAAUGUUUUGUCACAAUUUUAGGGGCUUAUCAUGUUGUGGUAUAGUGCUUCUGUUGUGCUGAACGUUUGAAUGCAUUUGUCCAACGAACAGGAGUUUAAUAUACGGGGAUGACCGUCA